CACGGCAUCCAUCAAUCGUUUCUGUCAGUUUAACCAAGUUCCCUUUGUUUGCGGACGUGAUGGACUCUAGCUGCGUUUAAAACCAGAACAGAUGUGACUAAUUGUUUGUUUCUUUCCGAGUGUUUUUAUUUUUUUAGUUGGUUGGAUGCUCAGUCAAGACAAGAUGAACAAGAGAGAGGAUGCAUAGUCCCUGAGAUUUUUUUGUGGUCCACUUGUAAAAUAAUCAACCUGUUAUCUGUCUAUGUUGGCUUUUUGUCGCACUCGAGGACUGGAGUCCACAACCGUCGCUCUUUGAAAGUAAUGAUCUCACGAUACAAACCGGAUGUGAAAGAGAGGAACUACGAGAGCGGAGGUCACGUUCAAACUCAUCGAGACCUGCCGCUGGAAAUACAUCAGUGUCCUACAAAAGAAACAACAUGCUCUGAGAGAUUCUCUCUCCUUUUUUCUUGUUGUCCUCCUCUUUUUCCUCUUUUUUCCUCCUCCUUUCCUGUGGUGAGUUUCCCCCCCGUAGAGUCCCGGUUCCAACAUGUCCUUGGCGUUCUGUGGGAACGAGAACAACUCGUUGGCGUACAACGUGGACAGCGGCGUUCUCAACAACGGCUGCUUCCUGGACGCGCUCAACGUGGUGCCGCACAUUUUCCUGCUCUUCAUCACCUUCCCCAUCCUCUUCAUCGGCUGGGGCAGCCAGAGCUCCAAGGUGCACAUCCACCACAGCACCUGGCUGCACUUCCCUGGUCACAACCUGCGCUGGCUCCUCACCUUCGUCCUCCUCUUCGUCCUGGUCUGUGAGAUCGCAGAGGGCGUCGUCUCCGAUGGGUUCACCCAGUCCCUCCACCUACAUCUGUACAUGCCUGCAGGCCUGGCCUUCAUGGCGGGGAUCACCUCCAUCAUCUACUACCACAACAUCGAGACCUCCAACUUCCCCAAGCUACUGCUAGCCCUACUGUUCUACUGGGUCUUGGCCUUUCUGAUGAAAACCAUCAAGUUUGCCAAGUACACGGAGCACGGCAUCGGCCUGAGACAGCUCCGCUACGGCAUCACAGGACUCCUGGCCCUGAUCUACGGACUACUACUGGCUGUGGAAAUCAACGUCAUACUGGGCAGGCGCUACCUGUGUUUCACUGAGGCUACGGAGGUGAAACCCCCAGAGGACCUGCAGGAUCUGGGAGUGAGGUUCCUGCAGCCCUUCGUCAACCUGCUGUCCAAGGCCACUUACUGGUGGAUGAACACCUUCAUCACAGCAGCCCACCGCCGCCCCAUCGACCUCAAGGUCAUCGGCAAGCUGCCCAUCGCCAUGCGAGCCCUCACCAACUAUCUUAAGCUCCGCAAGGCUUUUGAGAGUCAGAGGAGGCCUCUGGGCUCCAUGCCGCAGGACCCUAAGUGGAUCUGGAGGGCCCUAUGCCAGGCGUUUGGACGUCCUCUCAUCAUCAGCAUCACCUUUCGCUUCCUGGCUGACCUGCUGGGCUUCGCUGGGCCUCUCUGUAUCUCUGGCAUCGUCCACCACAUCAGCAAGGAGAAUCGCACCAUACAGCCCCCGAUAAAGCUGCUGGGGGUCUACUUUAUCUCCUCUCAAGAGUUCUUGGCGAAUGCAUACGUGCUGGCCGUGCUGCUGUUCUUUGCCCUGAUCCUGCAGAGAACCUUCCUCCAGGCCUCGUAUUAUGUGGCCAUCGAGACGGGCAUCAACUUACGAGGGGCUAUACAGACUAAGAUCUACAACAAGAUCAUGCGGCUGUGCACCUCCAACAUGUCCAUGGGAGAACUGACAGUGGGACAGAUCUGUAACCUGGUAGCCAUAGAUACCAACCAGCUCAUGUGGUUCUUCUUCCUCUGUCCCAACCUGUGGGCCAUGCCAGUCCAGAUCAUUGUGGGGGUUAUUCUGCUCUACUACCUCCUGGGGAUCAGUGCUUUGAUUGGGGCCACAGUCAUUGCUGUACUGGCCCCUGUCCAGUACUUUGUGGCCACCAAGCUGUCCCAAGCACAGAAGAGCACCCUGGAGUACUCCAGUGAGCGGUUAAAGAAGACUAAUGAGCUGCUGCGGGGCAUCAAGCUGCUGAAACUGUACGCCUGGGAACACAUCUUCUGUCACAGUGUGGAGGAGACCAGGGGCAAGGAGCUCACCAGCCUGCAGGCCUUCGCCCUCUACACAUCCAUAUCUAUAUUCAUGAAUGCAGCCAUCCCUAUCGCUGCUGUCCUGACUACGUUUGUGGUCCAUGUGCACAUCUCUGAGGAGGCUGACCUGUCACCUGCUGUGGCCUUCGCGUCCUUAUCCCUGUUUCACAUCCUGGUCACUCCUCUCUUCCUGCUCUCCAGCGUGGUGCGAUCCACAGUCAAGGCCCUGGUCAGUGCCCAGAAGCUGAGUGAGUUCUUCAGUAGUGAUGAGAUUGGAGACGAGCAGGAGCCCAACGCUACCAUGCCCGCUGGCCCCAGCAACCACAACAGCAAGUACCAGGCUGUGUUGUCCUUUAAAAAGCCUAAGCCAUGGCCUGUUCCCUCCCUGCGCCCCUCCCAGCCCCUGAAGGUGGUGAACAGGAAGAGGCCCCCCAGGGAAGACUGCUGGAACAACUACAGCCAGAAGGGAGGCGACCCGCCCCCCCAGGAGAGGGACCAAGACCUCUGCUUCAGGAUAACCAGCGGAUAUUUCACCUGGACAGACGGACCUCCCACCCUGUCUAACAUAGACAUCAAGGUUCCCUUCGGUCAGCUGACUAUGAUCGUGGGCCAGGUGGGUUGUGGGAAGUCGUCCCUGCUGCUGGCAGCUCUGGGAGAGAUGCAGAGAGUCUCUGGGACUGUCACCUGGAACAGUUUGCCCAACCUGGACUCUGAAGGCGAUGAGAGGUAUGUGUCUGAAGGAGACGAGAGCCCCACAUCAGACAAGGAUGCAGCUGGUGAUGGGGAUAUCCAGAAGAGAGGCUCUGUGGCUUAUGCUUCCCAGAAGCCCUGGCUGCUCAACGCGACACUGGUGGAGAACAUCACCUUUGAGAUGCCCAUGAUCAAACCCAGGUACAAGGCUGUCAUCGAGGCGUGUUCCCUGCAGCCGGAUAUCGACAUCCUGCCACAGGGAGACCAGACGGAGAUCGGAGAGAGGGGUAUAGUUCUAUCUGGAGGGCAGCGCCAGCGUAUAGGUGUGGCCAGAGCCCUGUACCAACAGGCCAACGUCGUCUUCCUGGAUGACCCGUUCUCAGCGUUGGACAUUCACCUGAGUGACCACCUGAUGCAGGAGGGCAUCCUCAAACUGCUGAGAGAAGAGAAGAGGACUGUGGUGCUGGUCACUCACAAGCUACAGUACCUACCCCACGCUGACUGGAUCGUAGCGAUGAAGAACGGGACCACUCAAACCGAGGGGACUCUGAAAGACAUCCAGAACUCUGAACCGGAGCUGUUUGAACAGUGGAAGACCCUGAUGCACCGGCAGGACGGAGAGUUUGAGAAGGAGACAGUGCCUGAGAGUAUGACGGUGUUGGAGCGCAAGAACCUGCGGAGAGCCAUGUACUCCAAAGAGGCCGCCAAGACUGAGGAGGAGGACAAAGAAGAGUCUGUGGACAGUGACGAGGAUGACAAUCUGUCCCAGGCCAUGCGUCACCGCACCACCAUCCCCUGGCACUCCUGUGGUGUCUACCUGUCCUCUGCAGGGCUCCUCCUCCUGCUGCUGCUCCUCCUAUCACAGCUCUUUAAACACUCCCUCAUGGUUGCCAUCGACUACUGGCUGGCCCACUGGACGUCCCGCGUCAUCAAUGCCAAGAUGGAAGCCACCGGGAGGAACUGCUCCGUCGCUCAGGAGUGUGGGUUCAGCCACUCGUGGUACCUGUCGGUGUUCAGUGUGUUGUGCUGUCUGGGCAUCGUUCUGUGUCUGGUCACCUCUGUGGCCGUUGAGUGGACAGGCCUGAGAGUGGCCAAAGAACUACACCACAACCUGCUCAGCAAGAUCAUACUGGCCCCUAUGAGGCUGUUUGAGACCACUCCCCUGGGCAGCAUCCUCAACAGGUUCUCCUCUGACACCAACACCAUAGACCAGCACAUCCCUGCCACCCUGGAGUGUCUGAGUCGCUCCACCCUGCUGUGUGUGUCGGCCCUGGGGGUCAUUUCCUACGUGACCCCUGUGUUCCUCAUUGCUCUGGUGCCUCUGGCCAUCGCCUGCUACUUCAUACAGAAGUACUUCCGGGUCGCUUCUAGGGACCUCCAGCAGUUGGAGGAUAGUACCCAGCUCCCUCUCCUGUCCCACUUCUCAGAGACAGUGGAGGGACUCACCACCAUCCGGGCCUUCAAGUAUGAGCCCAAGUUCAGACAGAGGUUACUGGAGUUCACUGAUGCCAACAACAUUGCCUCCCUCUUUCUCACAGCAGCCAAUCGCUGGCUAGAGGUCCGCAUGGAGUACAUAGGUGCCUGUGUGGUUCUGAUAGCAGCUGUGGCCUCCAUCUCUAACUCUCUGUAUAACCACCUCUCCACUGGCCUGGUAGGACUAGGACUCACCUAUGCACUCAUGGUGUCCAACUACCUGAACUGGAUGGUUCGUAACUUGGCAGACAUGGAGGUUCAGCUGGGUUCAGUCAAGAGAAUCAAUGGUCUGCUGCAGACUGAGCCUGAGAACUAUGAAGGACUGCUCACUGCAUCUCAGGUGCCGGAUGGCUGGCCACAGCAGGGGGAGAUUCAGAUUGAGAACCUGAGUGUGCGUUACGACACCACCCUGAAACCUGUCCUCAAACAAGUCAACGCACACAUCAGCCCUGGGCAGAAGGUGGGGAUCUGUGGUAGGACAGGAAGUGGGAAGUCUUCAUUCUCCCUGGCCUUCUUUCGCAUGGUCGACAUGUUCGAGGGGCGUAUCAUCAUAGAUGACAUUGACAUCGCCAAGCUGCCUCUGCAGACCCUGAGGUCUCGAUUCUCCAUCAUCCUCCAGGACCCCAUCUUAUUCAGCGGAACCAUUCGGUUUAACCUGGACCCAGAGAUGAAGGCUACUGAUGACAUGCUGUGGGAGGCUCUGGACAUCGCUCAGCUAAAACCUGUAGUCAAGACCCUACCAGGAGGACUGGACGCCACAGUGACAGAGGGAGGGGAGAACUUCAGCCAGGGCCAGAGACAGCUCUUCUGUCUGGCCAGAGCCUUCGUCAGGAAGUCUAGCAUCCUCAUCAUGGACGAAGCCACAGCCUCUAUAGACAUGGCCACGGAAAGCAUCUUACAGAAGGUGGUGAUGACUGCCUUCGCUGAUAGAACAGUGGUUACUAUAGCACAUCGUGUCCACACGAUCCUGAAAGCAGACCUGGUGAUCGUGAUGAAGCGAGGGCUCAUUCUAGAAUACGACAGACCCCAGGCGCUGCUGGAGAAAGAGGACAGUGUCUUCGCCUCCUUCGUCAAGGCGGACAAGUGACCGAUGAGAAAGAGGGGAGGACAUUCCAAAGUGCAAUUGUACCAUGGGCUAUAUAUUAUAAUUUUAUUUUCUAAUUCUGUAUGAUAUUCGUAACAUUAAAUAUGAAUUCUUUGUUAAUAAAAAAAACAACAUAAAUA